AUGAGCGGGUCUGAGACGGAAACGUUUCCUUUGGAAUCUGUCACGAACGCCCAGUUGCAGCAGCUGGGAGAGGCUCUAUGGGGUUGGAAACCGCGUUCCAAUGGCACGACGAGUCAAUAUGGCGUGGUUACGACACAUUUGCGUCCCGACUUGACAAAGUUCGGACCUUACUUUCAAUACUACAGGGAGAUGACGGCCUCAUACAUUUCCGAUGCCUUCCCGCCUGAAGAGAUCAAGGCUUUGAGAUGUCAUGAUGAUUUAUUUGCCAUCAUCAACUUGAUCAGGUCAAUCCCCGAUAUGCAGAGAAGCGAGUUGACAACGAAGUACUUCUCAAGUCGAGAAAAUUUUGAAGAGACCCCGCCUGGAGAUAAACAGAGGGCCUUCAAUCUAGCUAUGAGGGCCAUGAUGAUGAUUAGCUUGAAAAAUGACCAGGCUGACGAUCAAAGAUGCAUCUUGCCGCGACAACUUGCUCUAGAAACCCUCGAUUCCCUCCAGAAAGUCCUUUUCCCUCCGGAUAAAGACUCGCGUGCCUUACUUCGAUCACUGGUUUCAAAGGCAUCCUUCGACCCCGACUGUCUGUGCCUGAGCUCAGUCUCAUACCGCUCCAAUGAUGAACGAGAUCUCUCCUAUCAUUACUGGGGCUCCCGACUCAUGGACCUUUAUGACGAGCUUGAAAACCCGAGGCCCCGAGGUCUCAUCGACAUUUGGCUGGAGCAGCGGAGCAAGGCGAGACAUGUCAUGCUGGCGACACUGGUGGGAGUAAUCAUUGCAGUCAUUCUGGGGAUGUUAGGGUUGGUGGUCGGCAUUUUCCAAGCCUGGGUGGCUUAUCAAGCCUGGAAACAUCCUGUGAAUGUAUAG